AUGGGUUUCUUGGAAACCGUAAUCCUGUCCGCGCUGCAUGCCUCGCUGCUGUGCCCUGUAUGUUCGAGCGCUACGAUUGCACUGCUCCACCACGAGGAGGAAAAGCGGCGCCAGCGGUGGGCAGACUUCGUCUUCGUUCCUGCAAACUUGGAUGCCGGCUCAGCGUCUCCUCCGCAGAGUUUGGAAGCUUGUCGUGGACUCGAUCUUCAAUCCGAGCUUGGGCCCGAAGCAAUGGCUUCGAAACGUGAACUGGGAAGUGGUGCGUUUGGUGAUGUCACACUGCACGAGGAGGACGGGAAAUCGUACGCCCUCAAGACGAUUUCCCACCAGCUGCUAAAGCACCGCCAGCUUGAGGCCGCUGCACAGGUGGAGCGCGAAGCCCUCGAAAUAUGCCAAGGACAUCCGUGCAUUGUCCGGUUCUACGGACAUGUGGAGUCUGUGGCAAACACAGUUCUUGUGAUGGAAGUGUUGCAAGACCUCGUGGGUGUGUAUACUUCUGCCAGCCUUUGGGGCAACCCGGCGGUGGUUCGCGAACACGUGGCGUGUGUGGCGGAGGCGCUCUCCUACAUGCACUCCAAGCAGAUCAUGCAUAGAGAUGUGAAGCCCAAGAACAUGUUGUUGGACGCCCGUGGCUGCUGCAAGCUGUGUGAUUUUGGAUCCACGAAGCUUUGCAGUGGCCGUGCUUAUAGUUUUGUGGGCACAGCGGAGUACAUGGCCCCCGAGAUGGUACACUGCUGCUGUGGACUGGUGUUUAGUUCCAUCGACCGGGGAGUUAGCGAGACGGCCUUUGCAGACUUGGCCUUUGAGAGUGCUUCCGAGCUUGUCCAAGGCCUUUGUGCCCAAAUGCCGCACUUACGUCUACCGAUGAUGAACGGUGGCAUCGACAACAUCAAGACACAAUCAUGGUAUGCAGACUUCCUGUGGCCGAACUUUGUGGUUGAGAAAGUGCAGCUCGGAAUGCUUAUAUGCCUGCACCAGACAGCACUGCCAACGCUCUUGGUGACCUCUCGUGAGAGCCGCAUCCCGCCGCAAGCAUCAAGCUCAAGCUCGCAAGCUUCAUGCAACGCCAGUGCAUCCAGUGCCGGUAGUGCCGGCAGGACAAAGGCGCAGGCCAAGUUCUUGGAGCGUGUGCUCAAGAAAGCUUGA